CGACGGGCCCCCUACCCCUCGCGCCUGGUGUUUAGGAAAACUUGGGAAGGGUGUGUGGUGGCCGCGGCGCGGAGGCCCGCAUGGGACCUCACGUACGCUUUUCAGGCAGCGAAAUUACCUCAGCAGUAUUCCUGCUGCCGCCGCGGGAAACGCGCUGACUACGCAGGAAAGGCGGAGCGCGGUGGAGUCCGACAUGUGACAGAGCGGAGUGCGAGCCCAGGGGAAGCAGGAGGGAAUGCUCCAAAUCUUGGUGGGCUCAGCUUCUUACAUCUCAGCCACUUUGUAACACCCCUGCCAACAUCCGCUGUAAGUGUGGAAAGGUGAUUUUUCCUGCGCAUACAGACUUCAGGGAGAAUUUAGAAGUCUGAUGCUGAUGCUGCAAAGACUGAACAUGAAAGUGAUGGUAAUUGCAAUUAGAGAAGGAUCAUGGAGAGGCAGAUUUUAAUGAGAAAGUGAGACCGUAGGAAAUUCCCAGCCUGCCAGUUCUUCUUCCAGCAGGGACCAGUGUUGCUUCACACACCUGCAUGAGUGAUUUGAACCACCAUAAACAACUCAGGUUAAACUGAAUAUUUGCGCAACACAGCUUCUCACAGAAGGACCACCACACUGGUUUACACUUAGGAAAAUAUGAAAAUAAGCAGGGAGUGUUGUUCUCUCUGAACUAAAAGAAAAAAAUAAAUAAACUGUGCCUUGCUGAGGACAGCUGCAGGAAUCAGACACUUGAAUCAAUGUUAUCGGAUGAGUUAGAAUCCAAACCUGAGGUUGAAUGGCCAUUAGUCAGCUUCCUGUGCCUUCCCCCACUUAAAAGCUGCUGGUUCAGUUUGUUCAGAAUACUUCUAUUCCACUGGGGCAGGGGCUGGUGGAAUCGGAACCAAAAGACAUCACCUGUCUUUCCCUCCUUCCUGUUACUGAGACCUCAGAAUGCAACAGACUGAUGUUGCCAGAUGAUGAAAGAGAUCUCACUUCUCCAAGUCAUGCUAAUCCUUCCAAAGAUGUUUCUUCAUCUGCCGUCUUGAGAAGUCUCCAGGUAAAUGUGGGCCCUGAUGGAGAGGAGACAAGGGCACAGAAUGUACAGAAACCAUCUGAACUUUUGUCAACUCCAGAGACUUCUAGUUUAUUGCAAGACCUCCAGCCCAGUGACAGCACUUCAUUUAUUCUUCUCAACUUAACAAGAGCAGGGCUGGGAUCUCCUGCAGAGCACUUGGUGUUUGUUCAAGAUGAAGCAGAAGAUUCUGGGAAUGACUUUCUCUCUCAUGAUAGCACAGACAGCAGUACCCCAUGGUUCCUUCGGGUGCAAGAAUUGGCCCAUGACAGUUUAAUUGCUGCCACUCGGGCACAGCUCGCAAAGAAUGCCAAAGCAAGCAAUAAUGGUGAAAAUGUUCAUCUUUGCUCAGGAGAUGGGCAGCCGAAAGACUCUGGCCCCAUUCCUCACUUGUCUCGUGUGGAGAGGAAGCUGAAGUGCACAGUUGAGGGCUGCGAUCGGACAUUUGUGUGGCCAGCUCACUUCAAGUAUCAUCUGAAAACACACCGGAACGACCGCUCCUUCACCUGCCCAGCAGAAGGUUGUGGGAAAAGUUUCUAUGUCUUGCAGAGGCUGAAGGUGCACAUGAGAACUCACAAUGGUGAAAAACCCUUUGUGUGCACAGAGCUGGGCUGUGGCAAACAGUUCACAACAGCUGGAAAUUUGAAGAACCACCUACGAAUUCACACUGGGGAAAAACCCUUUUUGUGUGAGGCACAGGGAUGUGGUCGCUCCUUUGCUGAAUACUCCAGCCUUCGGAAACAUUUGGUUGUCCACUCAGGAGUGAAGCCUCAUCAGUGCCAAAUUUGUGGGAAGACGUUUUCCCAGAGUGGUAGCAGAAACGUGCAUAUGAGGAAACACCACUCCCGAAUUGGAGCAGCUGGCAGCAGGGAGCGAGAACAGCCAGAGUCACUGAUGGGCAGCAGUUUGCUGGAAGAAUCGACAGUGCAUAGUAAGAGUAUCAUGUCCAUGAACUCUCAGCCCAGCCUUGGUGUUGAGUCUCUGCACCUGCCAGACACUGAGUCUAUUAUUGGAGUAGAGGAGGGUGAGACCAGCUGCUCCUUUUUCCGCCCUCUUAUAUGUGGUGACUGAAGUGGGGUGGAUCAUUCCUCCUAGAGGCUCACCAUAUUGCAGUGGAUGAGUGAAUGUUGUUUUAACUGUGGACAGAGCGGGUGGGUAGAUGGAGGAUGAAUCAUAAAACUGGAGAUGGAGAAGAUCUGCUGGACCAAGUUACUCUUGCAGAGCUUAAAAGGUGAAGUCUGCUGCUUAGGUGUCAUUUAACCCAUGUUGUGGAAUGCCAUUUCAAAAGUGCUCAUGCAGUACAUCUCCUAAAGCCUGAAGUGUUUGUUUUGCUGGAGCACCUAGGAGCCCCAGUUAAGGACCAGGACCUCGACCUCAUUGUGCUAGGCACUGUACAAACAUUCAGUAUCUUGAGCAACAGACCUUCCUUCCAUCCUUUACCUUCAGAGACUAUAUUCUAAUACAUCUCACUGUCAGAAGCUGACUUACUAUCUGAAAUAAAUGUACUACUUGAUAUCA